GCUCUAAGAGUCAUGGAACAAGUAAUUUGUUAAGUCAUUUGAAAAAUUGUACAAAAUAUCCAUAUAGGGACACUCAUGGGCAACAAACAUUGGGAUUUCAACCUAGAGAAGUUGGCAGUGAUGGUGAGGGUGUUGUUGAUAUUGUGGUUAUGCCAUUUUCCAUAGAAGUUGCUAGGAGGCAUCUUGCCGAGAUGAUAAUAAUUGAUGAAUUGCCCUUUAGAUUUGUGGAUGGGGUUGGUUUUAAGAGGUUUUGUAAUGUCAUGCAACCCAAGUUCAAGAUCCCAUCUCGAUAUACUGUUGCUGGGGACAUUGUAGACAUAUACACUAAUGAAAGAGAGAGGUUGAAAAAAAAUUGUGAAGGGGUGUAG